UCAUCUGUGCACAUAACUGGGAAAACAGAAUGAAGGAGCUAAUGUCCAACAGUACAACCAAUAUAUCUCAAGCAAGGAAAGCUGUGGAGCAAUUAAAAAUGGAAGCAUACAUGGAUAGGAUGAAGGUAUCCAAGGCUGCUGCUGAUUUAUUGGCCUACUGUGAUGCUCAUAUUGGAGAAGAUCCCCUUAUUAUUCCAGUGCCUGCAUCUGAAAAUCCCUUUAGGGAGAAGAAACUCUUUUGUACUAUCCUUUGAGUCAGUUUUCAAUUAAAAUAUGUCUUGUUAAAAUUUGGUAUCAGUGAUGCAUGCUUUUAGUUUUAGCAUUUUUUCUUCAGUUAUCAAUAAUUAACCCAUAAUUACAAUAUUUUAGAAGGUAGUAUGUUUUAUAGUAAAAAAAAAUUGACUCCUAACAAAUUGAAAGUAAUCCUUAUCUUUCAGACCAAUGCACAAGUUUAAGUUGUUCAGAAAGAUUCUUUUGGCCUUAAUGAAAGUAUGGAGUACAAUAUCAAAUUGUAGAUAUCUUUGCCAGUCAUAGAUUUUUCUUCUGAGACCUAAAUGAGUCAUACAGACUCUGACGCUAUUUUUAACAUUCUCAUUUUCUUUGGAAGGUGAAUUUAAUUUAUUUGCUUCAUUUGCCUUUACAAAUUUAUAUCUAAAGAGUAAUGUGACCUUUCCUCAAGUAGCACUAUUUAGGAAAAAAUGCCAGUGAUUUACAAUGUUUGUAAUGAUCAGCCCUAUACAGUAAAUGGUAUUUAUAAAUAUGUUUAGUGAAUGCUAUAAUGAACUUGACUAUAAAACCAAUCUUAGUAAAGCAACAUUGUAACUAUAAGCAAAAUAAAGGUAUAUAGUUACACACUAGGACUGCAUCAAUAAAGCUGUA